CAUAGAGCAGCAGCAGUGCACUGCUCCAGUGUGGAGGAACCUCGACCCCCGGGCUCUCACAGCGGCGUGCUGCUUUGUGGUAGGAGGAUGAGGGGAGAAGAGUAGAAACAUGGGAGCUAACAUCUCCUGAAACCCAAUGCUGCCGCUUCUGUUGGACUUUCUAAUGCUCCGGAGAGAGCCCAAAACUUCGAGGUUUCAAGGAUGUUCUUCUCAGAUGGGACUCUCUCAGCCGUCACUUAUGCGCUCCUGUUGGGAAUAACGUGUCUGUCCGUGCUCUGCGACUGCACCAAGGGGUCUUCAGAUUUUUCAGGUUAUCUGUCCAAAGUGUUGAGAAACUACACCGAGCAGGCCUGUGACGGAGACUUCUUAUCUGUUCGCUGCCCACCCCGCACAACCAUCACCGUCCAAUCAGCUUUUUAUGGAAGGAAGGGAGCCUCGGACCCACAACAGUGUCCGCAGACAUACCAGGCCCUCCUAAGAUCUUAUAACGCUCAGGAGGAUGACCGUUAUUGCUCUGUGUCCACUGCACUACAGAAAAUGCUGGACGAGUGCCAGGACAGAAGGAGCUGUCAAGUCCUUGUCAACAGCCGCGUGUUUGGGACAGACCAGUGUCCCGGCAGAAGUAAAUACCUCAUUGUCUGGUACAAAUGCAGACCUAACGAGUAUAAGAGUAAGGUGGUCUGCGAGGAGGAGAGGAUGAGGCUGAGCUGCAAACGGGGGAUGCAGAUUGCUGUUUAUUCCGCCAUGUUUGGUCGAACACAAAAAGGCACCCUGGAGUGUCCCCUCUACCACAGGAGGGCGCCAUCAGUAGACUGUGAAUCAUCUGAAGCUCUGCAGGUCCUGACCGCCCGCUGCCAGGGGAAGAAAAGCUGUCUGGUCAGGGCCUCCACCAGAGAGUUUGGGGACCCGUGUUACUCUGGAACCAGGAAGUACCUGAGCGUCAUCUACACCUGUGUUCCCAAGAAGUUGCUCCAGGAGCAGGGACCCAGACCACCGGUGUUCUCCCCUCCACCCAGACCCCAUGACCCCAACAUAGUGGGAGACAGCCCUCCUGAGGGGAGCUCAGUCAAAAGCCCUGACUCUGUUCCAGAUAGGAAGAAGGUCAGGGAGACUAACCCGGACGAGGAGAAGUUUCCACGACCUGCAGAAGGAGUUGGACGAGGAGGAGGAGGAGGAGGAGGAGGAGGAGGAGGUGGAGUAGAAGGGGAAAGUCCACGACGCCCCCCAGACAUGAACCCCAUCAUCAACUCCACCUCGAGCACCAACAUGGCCCUCAUCAGCAACGCACUGGCAGCCUACACUUACAUAUCAGACCACCCAGAGAGGGCCGCACUCUUCUUCGUCUGUGGCGUGUGUCUGGGCCUCUUCCUAACGCUCUUCGCCCUGGUGGUCCAGAUCUCCUGUCGCACCGACUGCCAGCCCCGCCAGCGGCCUCCCGCCAAAAAGCGAGCCCGUCCCGCCGACUCGUCCUCGGAUUCCAGCGACUCGGACUCGGACUGGGACACCACUUCGGACCUGUCCGCUCGACGGCACCGGCGGUUUGAACGCACGCUGAACAUGAACGUGUUCACGUCGGCGGAGGAGCUGGAGAGGGCGCAGAGGCUGGAGGAAAGGGAGAGGAUCAUACGAGAGAUCUGGAUGAACGGGCAGCCAGAUAUUCCAGGGACACGGAGCCUCAACAGGUAUUACUAAAGACUGCAAAGGGACUUGAACAAACUUUGGGAUGCACUUGGCCCUUAUGAAGCUUUACAAGCCAGCAGGCAGAAGUAACUGUGGACUCACGUUGUUGAGAGCAGUUUUUUUGCAGACUUGAAGAAACCCGGAUUGCAUAUUCCUCGGGGUAUCAUAAGCUGCAAGGGAAUAAGCUCCCUCUCUGCAUGGUAAGCUCGCCUCUUAGCUGCCCUCUUUCUGCCGGAAGCAAGGGGUGAAAGGCUAUGCAGCCUUGCCCAUGACCUCAGCACGCCGUUUUUGAAGUGGGGAUUUAUGGGUAAGCUACGUUAGACACACACAGGCAUGCAGAGACUACAUGGUGUCUGAAGGACCAAGGCCAGAUGAGUCUGUUUGAACUGCAGGAGCCCGAGACACUAGAGAGUUUUCUGCUCAGGAACCUCCAGUAUUCAAGUGUGGACUUUAAAGAGAGAGAGAGAGAGAGAGCAGAAAACAUUGGACUGGGCAGUGGGACAAUCUAAGACAAUCUUCAAGAAAAACCAUGCUGCCUUUUGAACAUUAAUGAAACCAAAAGAUAUUUUUGAGAAAUCAUCUCAACCCUUAUGAAAUCUAUUUUAUAAUAUUUAAUAGUUUAUUGAUGUUGUGUAUUUUGUUUUUGUUCUCAAGUAUGGUUUGUUUUAUGAGAUAUUUUUAUACUUAUUGCGAAGGUUGUCUGGCACCUCAGGGAUGCAAUCCUAGUGUUUCUGUGUUUGGGUGAUGUAUUUGCUUCCUGAAAAAGGGGGAUCGGCCCAUUUAAACAGUGAUGUCAGCAUUUAAAGAAAAAGAGUUCGAUCUAUCUUAUCUAUAAAGAGCCUCAAAGAGGUUUUUAGUGAUUCAAGCUUAUUUUUGAUACAGUAUGUUUAAUUCACAGUGCAGUGCCUUUUCUAGCAGUUAAAAUGCUUUUGUCAAUAGUGCAGCUGGUGUACAGUGUGGUCAAAGGAGUUAUCAAUUGGUUAUCCCAAAUGUAGCUCAUCAAAUGUGUAUGCAAAAAUUAGAAAUAUUUUCAGAAUAUAGCUAUUUUGUGCCAUUUAAUUUUCUCGAUUGAAUCUACUUUUUUUUCACUCCCUCUUAUGCAAAUGUAAGGUCUCUUGUCUGUCGUGCUUUACUUUUAAAGAUACAAGUGCAAAAGCAGAUGCUCAUUACGGUACUCUGGAGAAGGAACCAGAACUGAGAACAGUGGAAAUGCAAAAACUUAAAUCAUGUUGCCAGUUUUAUAAAUAAGCUAUCGUCAAUCCAGUUGCGUACGUGCUGCCCUGGAUUCAAGUGUAAAAUAGUAAAUAGAUUUGAGAAGAAGGCUUGGUAUUUUCCUGACUGAGAGUUUAAUUGAGAGCACACAGGACAUAUUAGGGUCAUCCACAUAGAGUUUUUAUAAAAGUCAGUUUUAAAUGGGAUUAAGUAGUGCCAAUAGCUGGUAAAUUGAGACCAAAAUAUGACUCCUGUGCUUGGAAUAAACUGUGUUCAAAAAUAAAACUGUUCUCUGUUUU